AUGUUCCACACGGGAUACUCGCAAAACCUGCUUCGGCUCAUGCAUAGGGAGGGGGAAAUAUUUGCUCAGGGAGGGGACGUUGGAAGCCUCGGCCAGCGCGUGGAAAAAAUGCUUGCUUCCGAGACGGCGAGAGUGUUCAAGCUCCGGGGGCAGCACAGCGAGGAGCGAUGGAGGGCUCUCCUUGAACGACAGCGUCAAUAUCGCGGGGGCUUAUCUCUCCGUAUUCAAGAAGAACAGCGCGGCCACCAGGAGACCAGUGAACAGAUGUCCGCUCCCGGGGGAUUGGAAGAGAGUAAGCUACCAAACCACCAAGAACAGCACCAUGGCUAUCGUCGGAGGUCCGACGGGAUGCAGCAGCAGCAGCAGCACCGGGAAGGAACUGGCUUUGCGGCGAAGGAGGCAGCCAUGCGGGCGGCGUCGGCCGCGCGGUGGGCGGAAGACGAGCGUUUCAACCUGAAGAACGCCUUCGGUCUCCAGCUCCAGAGACUAGAGAUGGACUGGGAAGCGCACGAAAUCAAGGUCCGAGAGGAGUACGAUACCCACCGCGAUCAAAUUCGAUCUCGUUCGGGAAUGAGCACUCCAGGCGGAGGAGACGGGGCAAGAUACGGCUCGCGCGGUGGGACUGGUGUCGCAGAUGCUGCUUCGGCGUCUUCCAUGCCUUGGCGAAGCCGCGAGAAACAGUCGAGGCUCAUCCACACGGCGCCGGUUUUCCAGCCGGAGACGGGGAGGGCAUCGUCCGCAGGCGGGGCGGGGGGCCAGAACUCCGCGCAGGUGGCCGGGCGGACGGGUGGUGGUCUGGGGAAAAAUGGCGACGUGGGGUACUGGGCACGGGGGGCGGCGACGGAGCUCGAGAGGCUGGACGAGGCGUUUGCGGCGGUGGGGGCGCAGGUUAGCGCGCAGAAGGAGGCCGCGAAGAAGUGGACACGGCGGCAGAGAAUACGGAUGGAGGUGUGCGUGUGUGUGUCUCCGUGUUUGACGUCAGGAGUCCUGUGA